UCACGCACACAAAAACAGUUCAGGAGAGGGGGCGGCCCAUGGGCGGGGAGUGCAAGCGUACCCUGUCCGGAGGAAGUGUGCGCAGGCUAGUGGAAUGUAGUUGCCAUUAGCGGGAAGAGGAGCUAUCAGCUAGCCUGCUAUGCCCAGCUGGAGUUUGGCGGAGAUGAAAAAAUGCCUCACUUCACGGUGGUACCCGUGAGAGAUCGAGCCCAGUCCGGCUACGACAGUCUGGAGGGGAUCAACUCGGUGGACUACGGGGAUGGCGGACCACCGGAUAACCAAGACACUGUCAGCUCUGACGGACUUGGCAAUCACAAAGAGAACAGCCCGUUCCUCAACAGUCCUGAUGAGAAGAAGAAAAAUGACUUCUAUGACAGGAACCUGGCUUUGUUUGAGGAAGAGCUGGACAUUCGACCCAAGGUGUCCUCUCUACUCAGUCGCUUGGUCAGCUACACAAACAUCACCCAGGGAGCAAAGGAGCACGAGGAGGAGGAGAGCGCUGAGGCCUCUCGGAGAAAGACUCCCAAGUCCCCCAACAUGGGCACUCUGAUGGGCGUCUACUUGCCGUGCCUACAAAACAUUUUCGGGGUCAUCCUCUUCCUGCGGCUGACGUGGAUUGUUGGGGUGGCCGGCAUCAUGCAGUCCUUGCUGAUUGUCAUCAUGUGUUGCACCUGUACCAUGCUCACAGCCAUAUCGAUGAGUGCCAUUGCAACAAAUGGUGUUGUUCCAGCUGGUGGGGCCUAUUUUAUGAUCUCGCGAUCUCUGGGUCCAGAAUUUGGUGGAGCUGUUGGGCUGUGCUUCUACCUGGGCACCACCUUUGCCUCCGCCAUGUACAUCCUUGGAGCCAUUGAAAUAUUUUUGAAAUAUCUGGUACCCCAGGCUGCCAUCUUUCAUGCAGCAGAUCACCACAGCACUGACAGCGCAGUGCUGAACAACAUGCGCGUCUACGGCACCAUCUGCCUCAGUCUCAUGGCCGUGGUGGUUUUUGUGGGUGUCAAAUAUGUCAACAAGCUAGCCUCGCUAUUCCUGGCCUGCGUCAUUAUCUCAAUUGUCUCAAUCUAUGCCGGCGCAAUCAAGUCUGUCUCUCAUCCACCAGAGUUCCCUAUCUGCAUGCUCGGCAACAGGACCUUGGUUAGAGAUCGUUUUGAUGUGUGUGCAAAGGCCGUAACCAAUGGCAACAUCACAGUUCCCAGUCAGUUGUGGGACAUGUUCUGCCUUCCGGGGAACAUGAGCAGUGCACAGUGUGAUGACUACUUCCUCCAGAAUAAUGUCACAGAGAUCCAGGGCAUUCCUGGGUUGGCAAGUGGAAUAUUUCGAGAUAACAUGUGGGGCGACUACCUGCAGAAAGGGGAGAUCCUCGAGAAGCAGGGACUAGAGUCUGUGGGCUCCCAUGGCACCUUGGAGAACUUUGGCAUGUAUGUGUCCGCAGACAUCGCCACGUCCUUCACGCUGCUGGUGGGCAUCUUCUUCCCAUCAGCCACAGGCAUCAUGGCAGGCUCCAACAGAUCUGGAGAUCUCCGAGACGCUCAAAAGUCCAUCCCUAUUGGAACCAUUUUAGCUAUUACCACCACUACUCUUGUCUAUCUAAGUUCUGUUAUCCUAUUUGGGGCUUGUGUUGAAGGGGUGGUCCUCAGAGACAAAUUUGGUGAUGCAGUUAGGAAGAAUUUGGUGGUUGGAACUCUGUCUUGGCCGUCCCCUUGGGUCAUUGUCAUCGGGUCAUUCUUCUCUACGGUGGGAGCUGGUCUGCAGACGCUCACUGGAGCUCCUAGACUUCUCCAGGCCAUCGCCAAGGACAAUAUCAUCCCUUUCCUCAGAGUGUUUGGACAUGGGAAGACAAAUGGUGAGCCAACAUGGGCCUUAUUGCUGACUGGCCUCAUAGCUGAACUUGGUAUCUUGAUUGCCUCCUUGGAUAUGGUGGCUCCAAUCCUUUCCAUGUUUUUCCUUAUGUGCUAUCUCUUUGUUAACCUUGCCUGCGCCGUGCAAACGCUGCUGCGCACCCCAAAUUGGAGGCCGAGGUUCAGAUAUUAUCACUGGACUCUAUCCUUCCUUGGAAUGAGCAUGUGCUUGGCCCUGAUGUUCAUCUCCUCCUGGUAUUAUGCUAUUGUUGCCAUGGGGAUUGCUGGGAUGAUCUAUAAAUACAUAGAGUACCAGGGAGCGGAAAAGGAGUGGGGGGAUGGCAUCCGAGGACUAUCCCUUAGUGGUGCACGCUAUGCUCUGUUAAGGCUAGAAGUCGGACCCCCUCACACUAAGAAUUGGAGACCUCAGUUGUUAGUUCUGUCAAAGCUGGAUGAAGACCUCCAUAUCAAAUAUCCUCGACUGCUGACCUUUGCCUCUCAGCUUAAGGCAGGAAAGGGCCUGACCAUAGUAGGAUCUGUCAUCCAGGGAAAUUUCUUGGAGAGUUACGGGGAACUGCAAGCAGCGGAACAGACCAUCAAGAACAUGAUGGACAUUGAGAGGGUCAAGGGUUUCUGCCAAGUGGUGGUGGCGACCAAGGUGAGGGAGGGCAUUGUUCACCUGAUCCAGUCCUGUGGGCUUGGGGGGAUGAAGCACAACACGGUGAUGAUGGGAUGGCCAUAUGGCUGGAGGCAAAGUGAGGACCCUCGAGCCUGGAAGACAUUUAUUAACACGGUCCGAUGCACCACAGCAGCCCACCUGGCUCUAAUGGUGCCCAAAAAUGUGUCGUUCUACCCGAGCAACCAUGAGCGCUUUACUGACGGCAACAUUGACGUAUGGUGGAUUGUCCACGAUGGUGGGAUGCUUAUGCUGCUGCCUUUCCUGCUCAAGCAACAUAAAGUGUGGAGACGAUGUAGAAUGCGUAUCUUCACGGUAGCCCAGAUGGAUGACAAUAGCAUUCAGAUGAAGAAGGAUCUAGCAACAUUCCUUUACCAGCUGAGGAUAGAGGCUGAAGUGGAAGUAGUGGAAAUGCAUGACAGUGACAUCUCUGCAUACACUUAUGAGCGUACUCUGAUGAUGGAGCAGAGAUCUCAAAUGCUGAGGCAAAUGAGACUUUCCGGCGCAGAGAAGCAGAGAGAGGCCCAACUUGUUAAGGACAGACACUUGCUGGUACGAAUGGGAAGUUUGUAUUCAGACGAGGAGGAGGACACGUUGGACAGUCCUUUGCCAGGGAAUAUUCAGAUGACUUGGACGAAGGAAAAGUCUGAGGCUGAAAGAAAGAUCACAAACAAUGCACCCGAAAACUUCAGAGAACUCAUGAGCCUCAAACCGGACCAGUCCAACGUGCGGCGCAUGCACACAGCCGUGAAGCUGAACGAGGUGAUCGUCAAUAGGUCUCACGAUGCUCGGCUGGUGCUCCUCAACAUGCCGGGACCACCUCGCGACACAGACGGAGACGAAAACUAUAUGGAGUUUCUGGAAGUGCUGACCGAAGGUUUGGAAAGAGUGCUGCUAGUCCGAGGCGGUGGGCGUGAGGUCAUUACCAUCUACUCUUGACCAAACAACAAACCAUGGAGGUCCUCCCACAUUCCACCAAAAGGCUUUACCUUCUCUAAGAUCGCAUUAGAAUUCUGUGUCUUCAUAUACUGCAAGAUCAUGAUCAGACCUUUUAUUUAGAGCAAGUGUAGGGAACCUUUUUCCCAUCUAGGAUCAUUUCAGUCCUUUGAGAUCCACAUGGCCCAUAGAAUGUCGGUUACCUUCUCUCAUGCAGUAGACAAUAUAUAGAGCUGCAGUACUGCCUGUAUAGUGUACACAAAGACAAAGAGGAUUUAGAUUUUUUUUUUUUUCCUUGGAAGGGCGGCACUUUAUUUAUUUAUUUAUUUGACACUUAAUUUUUCUCCUUUAUAAGGCAAGGUACUUUGUUGCCUGCUAUAGAGCAACACAACAUUUUAGUGUUGAGCUGUGCAUGCAGAAGAUGAUUGCUUUGUCUGUUUUUUUAAAACUGAUUUUUCUAUUGUUUGUACAUUUCUUUUUCUGUAAAAGUUUUUUUUUUUUUCUAACAGGAUGAGCAGAAUUUAUGUAGGGAACCACCGGGUAUUCCUCUUACUGAAAGAAUAGUGUGUUUUAAAGCGAUUACAAACAUGUUGUCCAAUGACAGAACAAUGCUGAGAUUUUUGAAGUGGAUGUUUCGUGUCAAUUCAGUUUAGAAAAUUAAUUAAAUCGAAUAGAUUUGUAUUAGUUCAGUAAUUGUAGUUUUCAUUUUUUUGUUGUUUUCCCCCAAAGCGGAAUUGGUAGGUACCAAGGUUGAAAAAUACGCACAAUGGUAGCCACUAUUACAUUCUAAAUUAAUGAUGCCAAGGACUUUAGUACUACUUUAAUAGUAUUUCGGUGAUUUUUUUUUUUUUCUUUUCACGAAACUUCCCACAUAUAAAAAAGUGAAUUUCUGUGACUUGAUGUCCUAUAAUAAAUAAUUUUAUUGCAAAAGUCUUA